AUGGCCCUCAGUGUGGGGCUGGUCCUGGGACUCCACACCCUGAUGACCCUCCUGAGCCCUCAGGAAGCAGGGGCCGUCAAGGCUGACCACAUGGGCUCCUAUGGACCAGCCUUCUACCAGUCUUACGAUGCCUCAGGCCAGUUCACCCAUGAGUUUGACGGGGAACAACUGUUCUCCGUGGACCUGAUGAAGAGGGAGGCCACGUGGCGUCUGCCUGAGUUUGGCAACUUGGGCCACUUUGACCCGCAAGGAGGGCUGGCCAGCAUCGCCAUGAUCAGAGCCCACCUGGAGGUACUGGUGGAGCUCUCCAAUCGCACCAGAGCCUCCAACGAGCCUCCGAGGGUGACUGUACUCCCCAAGUCCCGAGUGGAGCUGGGCCAGCCCAACAUCCUCAUCUGCAUCGUGGAAAACAUCUUCCCCCCUGUGAUCAACAUUACCUGGCUGCGCAAUGGUCAGUCAGUCACCGAGGGAGAGGCCCAGACCAGCUUCUAUUCCCAGCCUGACCAUUCAUUCCGCAAGUUCCAUUACCUGACCUUUGUGCCCUCUGCUGAGGACGUCUAUGACUGCAAGGUGGAGCACUGGGGCCUGGAUGAGCCGCUCCUCACGCACUGGGAGCCCCAGGUGCCUACCCCAUCACCAGACACCACUGAGACCCUGGUCUGUGCCCUGGGCCUGGCUAUCGGCCUGGUGGGCUUCCUCGUGGGCACCGCCCUCAUUGUCUCAGGCACACGUGUGUCCAGUACCCCCAGAUCCUUCUACACAUCAGCCGUAUUCUUCUGUUUGUCAGCCUAG